UCUCUUGGUCACUGGUGGUGGUGCGCAGUGAGGCAGGAGAGGGGCGCGAUGGCCUGCAGUGGGACUCAGCCGCGCUUCACUAAUCACCGACUCCUCACUCGUCUCUUCACUAAACAUUAGAUGGUUCCGCUCACAUCUGACCUCGAGUCCACGCCUGAAAAAGUGUGUGCAAGAAUGAACUGAGCGACUCAUUUCUUAACAGUUUGCUAAAGUAAACUAGAUCUAAGCAGUUUUAUUCCUUGCUAGACGGAGGGUACUCAAGUCCAGAGCAAUAUUCAGAGACUUCUGUAAGUAACAAAGUGCUUCCCUGUAUAUUCUCAAAUAUACAAUAUAUAUAUAAAUAUAUAAAUUAUUUUAUUCUAAAAUUGUUUGACAACUAUAAAAUGUUGAUGCUGAUUCAGAUUGAGAUAAUAAUACUAGAGGAUGGUGUUUGAGAAAUAUUUACAAUAUAGUGGUGUAAGUGAGGGGUAGGUAUGUCAUCAUAAUUAUCAUAAUUGUGUAAUAUCUUUUAAAAUGUACUAAAUUCUAUUAGUGCAUAUAAUUCUGGGAGGAAUGUCCUGUAUGGCUCUCCACAGCAAUGUCUAUUCAGUGCGCUCACAUGUUUUCGAACAUUAUAGUGUCGAUCUCAGCACAUACCUGCUGAGCAGUGAGGCGAGCAGUGACUGCUUGAACAGAACCACAAUUUAUGCAGAGAUGGGAAAUGCUAUGUGAAUUAGUGUGGAAUGAUUAUGUUAGAAAUCGUGAAGCAUGGGUGACUGGAGCUUUCUUGGAAGGCUGUUGGAGAAUGCACAAGAACACUCUACGGUAAUUGGCAAAGUCUGGCUGACUGUCCUCUUCAUCUUUAGGAUCCUGGUUUUGGGGGCAGCAGCAGAAGAAGUCUGGGGUGACGAACAGUCGGACUUUACCUGUAACACUCAGCAGCCCGGUUGUGAAAAUGUUUGUUAUGAUGAGGCCUUUCCCAUUUCACAUAUCCGUUACUGGGUGCUGCAGAUCAUCUUUGUGUCCACGCCAACGCUCAUUUACCUGGGACACAUACUGCACAUCAUCCGUAUGGAGGAUAAGCACAAAGAGAAGGAGGAGUUGCUGCUGAAGGCACUAGGACAUCCUGACGAGAAAAACCUUUAUAGAAAUGGGGAGGGUGAAAGAGGAGGUGCGAAAAAGGAAAAAACACCAAUCAGAGACGAGCAUGGCAAAAUCCGCAUCAGGGGUGCCUUGUUGCGCACAUACGUCUUCAACAUCAUUUUCAAGACUCUGUUUGAGGUGGGUUUCAUUUUAGGUCAGUAUUUUCUCUAUGGUUUCAAGCUCAAGCCACUGUAUAAGUGUGCACGGUGGCCCUGCCCCAACACUGUGGACUGCUUCCUGUCCAGACCCACAGAGAAAACCAUCUUCAUUUUGUUCAUGCUUGUGGUGGCUUGCGUGUCCCUUGUGCUGAAUUUAUUAGAAAUUUAUCAUCUAGGAUGGAAGAAAAUUAAACAGGGUGUCAGCAGUGAAUACAACCCUGGGCAAGAGUCACUAGCCCAUACUGACAUGGUGGAGACAGGAGCCAUGCCUGCUGCCUCCAGAACUGACCCUGCUAGCCUUUCCUAUCCUCCCAAAUAUACCAGUUUGGCAGCAGGUAGUGCAACCUUCCUCCAGCCUGGGUCAGUUCCUGUAACAACAGAGUAUAAGAUUGAUCCUUUGCAUGAGGAGCCAAAUUCUUUCUACAUCAGCAGCAACAACCACAGGCUGGCUGCUGAGCAGAACUGGGCCAAUUUGGCCACUGAACAACAAACCAUGGAAAAGAAGGCCAUUGGUCCCUCUACUUCUUCCUCCUUCUCUGCCUCUUCCUCUGAUAACGAGCAGCGACCCAGAGACGUUGCAGCCGCUACCAGCAUUCCCAGCUCAAGUGGUGGCCUUUUGAGUAGUGGGAUGUGUGAGCCAGAGGAGACUCACGUCACCACUACGGUGGAGAUGCACGAGCCACCAAGCAUGUUUACUGAGCACCGGUGCAUGAGCAGAGCAAGCAAAACAAGCAGCAUUAGAGCAAGGCACAAUGAUCUGGCUGUCUAAUAACCCUAAUUGCAAAGCUGAUGCAGGAAAUGCAAAAAACAUAAUGUGAAAAUAUAAAUGAGAGUCAGGAUUCUGGACGUUAUCUAGGGGGAUUAAACAAACAUAAAACCCUGACAGCUGUGCAAUCAGUGAGUUGUGGUGUUGAUAUAUAGCACUUGAAUGGUGUCUGAUGUUAUGUGGCAGUUCAGUGAUAUGAUAAAAGAGAGCUUGUUCAGUUCACGUUUUUUGUUAAAACAUUGAAACACUUCAAUAGUAAUAUAUGUACACCUGCUCAUUAAUCAUGUAAACCUGCUCAUUAAUGCAAUUAUCCAAUCAUGUGGCAGCAGAUUAAGAGUCUAAUUAAGUGUUUAUAUUAGAAUAGGAAGAACAUUUAUCUCAGCCACUUUGACCACAGCAUGACUGUCAAUGCUAGAUGACCUGGUUUAAAUAUGUCAGAAACGGCAGAUCACCUGAGAGUUUCGCAUACAAGUGUCUCAAGAGUUUACAUAGAAUGCUGUAAAAAAAAAAAACUUCCAGUGAGCAGCAGAUCUGCAUGUAAAAAUACCUGGUUUGAUGAGAAUGUUUUGAUUAGAAUGAGAAUGAUGUGAAGCAAAAAAACAACAAAAAAAACCCCAUAUUGGCUUCUCUCCUAUUAGACAAGGACAGCUAUCUAAGGCUACAUUAAAAAACUGCAAAAAAAAUUAGAGGAUUGAAAAAUGUUGGUAAGCCUGCACCCACCAUAGCCUCAGAUACCUGAUUUUCACGUGUUAAUUCUGGUGACUGUUGAACAUAAACAGGCUUUGUUGUAACACUGGGAUGAACUGAGAUGCUUUUCUGCUCACCAUGGUUGUAAAGAGUAGCUAAGUUUCUGUAGCCUUUCUGUCAGUGCAAAACAGUUUCAAACAACUUCUCUUCUGAUUACUCUCAACAACAAGUCAUUUCUGCAUGCCUAAUUGCCACACACUUGAUGUCAUUUGUUUUUCACAUCACAAUUUCUUAAAUAUUCAUUGCAGCCGCUCUGGCAUCACAACCUUUACCUUGUUCUGCCCCAGUUUAUUGACUGUGAUUGUAUAUGUGUAUUAUAACAUCUGAGCAUGAAGCUUUGGAGCGAAAUCUUGGAAAUAUAAAUCAUUUACCAGACUUUAAAUCAAAAGCUUGGUAUUCAGAAUUGAUAAGAGGCAAUGAUCUACUGCAUUGCUUAAAUAGGAUAUUUCAUUUAAAAGAGUUGGUUUUAAACUGAUUGUCAGUAAUACCAGUGGUCUUUUUCUUUUGUUUAAUGGUUUCAGAGCUUUAAUUUAAUUAGCACUGCUACACAGUUUCAGUAGAUGAAAAAUAACUAAAUACCAAUCUUUUAAACUACAUUUCAACUUAUUUCUUCAAAAUUCUUACCUAUUGCUAAACCUAGUACAUUAUUCAGCCCUAGAUCAUUGAAAUAUAACUAUAUUUCAAUUCAAUGUACGAUAAAAUUACAUUCAGGUUAAAAUAUAUGGAACACGACAAGCUUUUAGUUUUUAAAUCUUUUACUGUAGAAGACCUGUUUAUAAUCUCUUGAAGCCAGCAUCUGCCUCUGCAUUUGAAUGCUUUGUGAACUGACAAUUCAGUUAAUUGUAGUUUUCUGUCUGAAUAAGAACACGUUGGUUUUUUUUGUUUUGUUUUUUUGCACAGUGUAACUGAUCUAUAAAUUUGAUGCUACACUUCUAGAUUAGUUUGGAGAGUUUUAACAUAUCUUUCAGUUUGUCUUCAGAUACACAUGAUAGUUUUACUGCAUUUAAUGUACAAUGUAAUGUGAAUACAGUGGUACACAUGCAAUUUAACAUUUCCUUUUGAGUUUAUUUAUGACAAAAUGCUGUUUUUUAAAAGGAAUUGGUUGAAAAUGAUAUUUAUUUCAGACUUUCUUAUAGGCAUUUUGUAAUUGGGAAAAAAUGCUUAAAGGACUUUUACUGUCCUACUCAUUAGUGACUGCUGCAGCUGUUUAAAUGCUUUAAAUUAUUAACCUGACAAAUAUGGCCAUCACUCAGAACUAGUGAAAAACACUUAGACAUUUAAAGGACUGAAUCUCUAACUCUAUAUUCAUUACCUUUUAAACAUAAACUUAAAAUAAAUAAUUACAAAAAUGAUAUAUUAAAAUAAAAGGCCUGAUCAACACUUUUACUUAUGGCAGCACUAAAAGCAUUUUACUUUUAUUAAAUCAAAGCAUUUCCAGAUGUAUGUAAUUUAUUUUUGCCCCACUGUAAUGUACAAUGUACUGUGUUGCUAUUUCUUGGUCCUUAAAGUUUACAUUUUAGUAAAUAUUUGAAGAUUUGCACAUAUGAGUAAAACACACUGUUCAGUGAAAAAAAAAAGGAUCCUUAAAGGAAAAUGUCUUAAUAAUAUUGUGUUACAGACAGUAUUUCUCAAAUUAAAUGACUUCAAAUGGGGUUAAAACAAUCUCGUAGGUUGCAGCCAUACAUUUAGCAUGUUUUAGUUUUAAAACUGUUAGCCUUAAAGGCACACAAAAAUGGAUUUUUACAAAGGUUACCACCAAUUUCCAUUUAAACCAGUAAGCACUAUACUUAGCUGCAGCAUUUUACUUUACCGUUCAUUUGUAAAUGAUUGGAUUAUCUCAUUCAGAGCAAGAUUACUUUGACCAGUCAGGGAAAUGAACCCCAAACAUACAGUCAGAACAGUAGCCUAUUUAAAAGAAGUGCCUUGAGAUAUACUUUCUGAUAUACAAACACGUUGAUGUAAAUGUACAUUUACCUCAAUUGUUUACAAAACUCUUACUGAAUAAACUUUUUGUACAAUACAAAUUGAUGUUCGACGCAAUUUUUAAGUAGCUAAGUGAUCAUGUUCGGACUUUGAGGAACGGAUUCCAUGCAAUGACACUGUCAAGGGAGAUAGAACCUAUCAGCUUAUAUUUAAGUGCAUACAGAGUGAGGGAUGAACUCAGAGUUCAAAAGCAUUAAGUGCAGGUCAUCACGCAGAUGGCUAAAGUAUAGUACAUUAUAGUCAAAAUAUAAAAAAAUAUUCCUUGUUUGAUUUUGUUCUACAUAAUAGCAGAAGUUAUAGACAUGCCAUUUGAAUACAUCUUUUUAAAGAGCAGGCACUCAUCAGCCUAUAACUGUUAGACUUAUCAUUACAUGACAUCAAAUUCCACAAGGCGAUGUGAGGGUUAAGGUCAUCAUAGUAAAUUGGGAAGGAGGCAAAUAUGUCACAGUACUAUCACACACUUUGCUCUUCACACAUGUGCCAGCAAAUCAGUGAAAUCAAGUAGCAAAAGUUUUAACAUUGUAUAACCCGACACAGGAAAAUCUUACUUUGUACAUUAAUGAGCCUCUCUAUUUAUACUCUUACAACCUGGAACUAAAAUACAUUUUAUUAACAUUUAUCCAACUGAUGAUUGUAAAAUUCUUUUAGCUUUCUUGACCCUUAUUGAUGCCUGUUCAUUUUGGCACAAUUGGUAAAGCCAUUUUAGAUUAAACCUUGCUUUGUGUCUGAGCUAUAGUAAGCUGAACAUCACUCUAACUCAUAACUCUUGGUUAUUUCUCUGACUAAAGUCCUUCUUACCAGGUCAAUGUCACAGUAGUGCCAUAUUCUAUUUAUCAAUUAAAGAAAAUCUAAAGUUUUGGAUUUGGAUAAGAGUUUAAUCAUUUUCUAUUUUGUCCUGGACUUUUAAAAAUAAGUUUAUUUAUGUAAUUU